UGGACAGGAAGAAUAGAUUUACAGUGUCGUGGUUUGACGUCUUCGAAGUGUAUUUUCAAGAGAAAGGAUUAUAUUGAUUCAAAUCACUUAAUUUUUUUCAUUGAAAAACUAGUCAAGAUAAGAUUGCAAUUUGAGAUUUUUAAAAAAUAAUUUUACUUAACAUUUAAAACAGUUAAAACUGUCGAGGAAUUAGUUGAGGUUAGGGACGUCAUGACAAGAUCAAAACUCCAGCUGUUAUUAUGGACUUCAGGGCCUUCAGGACUCAAGGACUCCAAGAUGUCGGAGCACGCCAAGAUGAUGCCCCGCUCUCCGGGGGGGCCCUCGCCCUCGCCCCGCAAGCCCGUGGACACGGCGUGCUGCGGCGCGUCCUUCCUCGCCGAGUUCUUCCACAUGUUCAACCUCGUCUUCCUGGUGAGCGACAGGCCGGCCCGGCCGAGCGGCUGAUAGCGCCUGCGAACCUCUGGCUGGGCGGGUUGGCCGUGCUCGGCGUCGGAGUGUGGACCAUAUCGGACCACCUGGCGUACGCACCGCUACUCAGCACCGUCACCUACGCCGAGUGCGCCUGGGUGCUCGCCCUCGCCGGCGUCCUGGUCGUGGUCACCGCCGUCCUGGGCUGCGUGGGUGUCUGGCGCCGGAACCGCUGCCUCCUGCUGGGGUACACGUUCCUGCUCCUGCUCAUCUUUCUCCUGGAGGCCAUGGUGGGGGUGCUGGCGUACGUCUACAAGGAGAACGUGGAGACGGAGCUCGCCGUCAACCUCAACAGGACCUUCAUGGACUUCUACAGCGUGGAUGCGGCCAAGACGGAGGCCAUCGACCGCAUGCAGAGAGAGUACAAGUGCUGCGGCGCCCAGACGUAUGAGGAGUGGCGGCUCUCGGCCUGGAUGAAGAGCUCGGCUAGAGACAAGCGCUCCAAGGUGCCCAACAGCUGCUGCAAGACGGAGACGUCCUCGAGCGGCGCGCCGUGCGGCGCCUCGGACCACCCCAGCAACAUCCCGCACACGGGCUGCUUCCACCGGCUGCUAGAGGAGCUGCGGCGGCAGCUCGAGGUGCUGGGCGCGGUGGGGCUUGGGCUGAGCGUCAUCCAGGUGUUCGGCAUGCUGCUGUCGUGCGCGCUCUACAUCAAGCUGCGCGGGCUGGUGGGCGGCGCCGGCGACUGAUGGCGGGGGGCGGGUGGCCGGGGCGACAUGCUGCUCACGGCGCGCUCGCCCGCCACGCCCGCCCUCGCCGCCCUGGUGCCGUCCUCGUCCGAGUCUGACACGACCGAGUCGACGAGCACCAUGUCGGAGCAGCCGACGCCCACCAUGCGGACGCUGCGGCCUCGCACGCCCACCGUGGCCUGCCACGCCAAUUGGUACGGCGUGGACACCUAGCAGUGGAGCCCGGGGGCGGCGCCGCCCCCGGCCAGCCCGCAGGGCCCCCCGCAGCGCCGCCGCUCGCUGGGUGGCACGCCGCCCCCGCCGCCGCCGCCCAUGCCCGCCCCCACGCCGCCCGGAUGGCCUGGCUCCGACGUGCUGCUGUGGCCGGGAGGCGCCGGCAGCUCCGACUUCGACGACCUGCACGCGCAGCUCGGCCACCGGAUGACGUCGUCGGCGUCCUCCAGCCCUGUGCGUGGCUACGCCGGCCACCAGGGCUACGCGAGCUACGCGCCCAGCACGAGACGGGCCUCGCCGCCGCGACCCCCGGCCAUGCCGCCCCCGGUGCCCUCCGCCGCCCCCGCCGCGCACGGCCGCCCGCCCCCGAGCCCGCGCCGGCCCUCCGUGACACAGCACUACCCCUGGCCGCCGACCUCCGCGUCGCCGUCCCCGCGCCACCACCCGCGUCAGCGCCACUCGCCCCGCCAGUCGCCACCCCCGCCCCAGGGCGCCGCCGGCCCGCUCACGGGCGCGUACCGGCCCUGCGGCCAGGCGCCCGCCACCCGCGCCCCAGGCGACUCCAUGUGCACCACGGCCUGAGGGAGCACAAAACUCAACGUAUAUUCUAGUCAAGAAAGGCUCCUGUACUUAUUACGCCAGAGAACUGAUACUGAGGUCUGAAAGGAGGUUGAUCUAAUCUCAUACUGUAAUUAGACUGUUUUGCUUAUUGUGUAUUUGUACCAGCAGCAAAACCAUCAGACAUUUUUGGGUCGAUGAAGUGUACAGUGGGGAACUAGUUUAUAUGGAAAAAGUUAAUUUGCAUGUGUAGUGAUGUAUGUACUGCCACACCAAAUGCAGUAUCUAAAACAAGCCAAGGGACAAAGGGACGUGUUUCUUGUGUUCUCCUUUGUGAGGAUUUAGAAUCUUUUUGUCUCAAUUUAUGAUUGUAAUUUUCAAUUGUCACCACAAAAACAAACUAGAUUAUGGCUUUUUGUCGCAAACCAAACACUGUAUUUUACCAGAAAUAAUUGAGGUAAAAAGUAUUUAGCCUGGGUAUUUUUAUUGUUGAAAGUAAAGUAUUAUUUCCCAAGUCCCUCCAGAUUUCAUUUAGUGGAAUGACCACAAACUCAAUUUCAAAUGGUGCCAAAUAUUGUUUCCAUGCCGAUCAGGAUAUCACUGUGCUAAAUAAUGCAUUUACUGCUCAUGUAAUGAACUGUACAUGCUUUUUAUGAGCUGAAAUUUGUAUAAAAAUUGUAUAAAUACACACAAUUGUUUUUGUAA